AUGGACGAUCCGUACGAUGAAGUAAAGUCGUAAGUACACGGCCCAGUGCGCCCCAUACCCGUCUUCCGCUUCCUCUCCCCCCCACCUUUCCCCCAUCCACGCCGCCUGCUCCUCCCUUUUUCCCAAACUGAAACCCCCCCACUCUCCCGUCCGCCAUCAACAGCGAAGUCGAAUACUCGCUGCAACAGCUCUCGAACCUACUAUCGUCCUACGCGCGCCUGUUGCGUGCGCCGUCAUCGACUGCGGAGGACGUCUCGUACGCGCACUCGGAACUGCUGGCGCUCCUCUCCGCGCUCGACAACGACGUCCAAGAGUUGCAAGAGGCGCUCGAUCUGGUCGAGCGGGAUCCAGUGAUCAGUAGUCGGUUGGGGUUGAGUGCAGCGGUGUUGGCUCAGAGGAAGAGGUUCGUGGAGAGGGUCAAGGAGGAGAUGAAGGUCAGUUCUGAGUUCUGCUGAUACGCUAUCGAUACAGCCGAUGAUGCACAGAACUGAGUCUGGCGCAACAUUUUCGAAUUCAGACCGCAAGGAAACAACUCGCCACAUCGAACGGAGCAUCCUCGAACGUGCGUCCUGAUUUAACACUCGCUCUCUCUCCGAGUUCUCGACCAUCCGAGUCCCUAACGUUCUCUCACCCACAGCAAUCCUCCCGAUCCCGAUUCCGAUCCCGAUCCCAAAAGCCUCACACCACAAUACCCAAUCCCUUAUCGUCCUCCACAAGACAGGGCACAGGCACACCUUACCGUGACACGCCCUACGACGCAGCUCCAAAUGGGGAAACGCACCAAGAUUCGGACCCUAACGCCGAUUUCGAGAUGCAGCAUCAAUCCGUGAGUGGAAUCCAUAACGGUCAGGUGGGGAUCACUUCUAUCGCCGUACUGAUCGAACCUACGUUCCAGCUUCUCAUCGAACAACAAGACCAAACCCUGACUUCGAUCUCGGGCACCGUCGAACAAUUGCGUGCCCAAGCUUGGACGAUGGGGCAAGAAGUCUAUGACCAAAACGCGUAAGCGGACUACCUCAUACCUAGCUCACAUGCUCGGAAACUGACGGAACUACGCUAGGGGACCUUACAUAGCAUGUUGGACGAAUUGGAUCGACAGGUCGACGCGACAGGGACGAGGCUUGAAAGGGCGCAGAGGAAGAUGGACCGGUUCAUCAAGGCGAAUAAGAGUAGGUCCAAGGACGAAUGUCAUGAGCAAAACUCAGUGGAUGGGAGUAGACUAAUCGCCUUCUUUCUGAACUCCGCACGUUCAGGUUCCCCCUCCUCCUGGGCCGUCUUUGGCCUCAUCAUCAUCCUUUCGAUACUGCUCUUCAUCAUAUCAUUUCUCUGA